AGGCCCCUCUCUCCUGACUCACCUCUUCCUCAGUUCAGAUCUCUCAAUGUCAGUUACCAUGGGGAGUUGUCAAGGCAAAGGUCGUUUACAUCACAGUCAACAAUUUCCGACUGGGAAGGUACCGAUAUGUGUCUGGAAACCCUGUUUGAUGAGACCAGAGCAGAGUCGCCUCAGUCAGUUUUAUCAGACUUUGACCUUGAUAAGUUAUUUAAAAACAGGGCGUUGUCCCCGGAAUCAGUGUCUUCAGAUUUUGACUUUUCGCUCCUGCAGGACUGGUUGGCAGAAUUUAGAGCAUCCUCCCCAGAAUCUGUGACUUCAGUUGAGCAGCGCUCUUUGUCUCCUCGUAUGAGAUUUGACCAGAUGCAGACUCAGCAUUGUAACUUUUACUUACAGUACUCUGAAAGUAGACCAUUAUCACCUUUUUCAACACUGUCAGAUGUUGAGUAUUCCGGAUUUUGUCUAGAGGAAUUGUUUGACGACAACAGACCAGAUUCGCCAGAUUUAUUAACUUCGCCGGUUGACACUCAACAAUCUUGCUUCAAUGCACCUGCGUGUCAUCAUCCUUUUGCUACCAAACUUCUUACAUAUGGUGAUGUUUUGAGAGGCAUUGGACCUGAAAAAGAAGAAAAUGUUGUUCUUGUUCAAAAUCAAUCUACCCCUAAGUUCUCUUUCUCUGAAAUUAAACCAUUAUCUGCUGAAGACUCUGUUUCAGUAGAUGAUCCUCAAAAUCUGAUCCAGCUCAAAUGUGUCUCUGCAAUACCCACAUCCUCAGACUUCAAAAAUGAAUACAGGGCAAGACACAAGCAUGUCUUUUCCAACUUCAUGUCACAUUUGUAUGAUCCAGUCUAUAAGGGAAAAUGUUCUUGUUGUAAAAUAAGUUCAAUUGAAGCUACCGUUGAAAACCAGUCUUGCAUGUUAAGCUGUAUACCACAAAAACAUGACAUAUUAGCUCCCAGCUCUGUAGAAAAACAUUCUUCAGUGUUUUCUUUUAGUUUUCAUAGAGCAUCAGAUGUCAAACCAGCUGAUGAGUUUCUGUCUCCAAGUGCUGUCAUCACUGGUCCUGUUUCACCAGCAUGUCAAAGCAAUUCUGGAAUAUCACAGUCUGGAACAAUUGAAACGGGAUCCACAGGGCAUUGCCAGCAUGCUAUGGAAACUGAAGUAAAUGACAGUUCUUCACUUUCAGAGUAUGGGCUGUCAUCACCUGAAAUAUUACAUCCAGAUGAUGAAAGUCAUUUUUAUUUUACCUGCUUAUUCACUGACCAGAGGCCACCUUCUCCAGACUCAUUUGAUGAGUUCACUGCUUUAACUCCUGAUUCACAAAUUCCUCAGUUUGACUGUCAACCUUGUUAUGACAUGCAUUUGGCAGAAAUCAGAUCUGUUUCACCAGACUCCAUAAUGCUGGAGAGAGAUUCUUCUGAUUUGUGUCUUGACACUAUGGUUGAUGACAUCAGAACAGAAUCUCCCAACUCCAUUGUGUUUGACAAUGAACUUAAUGAGUGCCUCAGCAAUAUGCCAUCGGAUCAGUAUAGCCAGUCAUUCCUUGAUUUCUGGCUGUCUGAGUUAAGACCAUCUACGCCUGAAAUUCUUAAAUCACUAGAUAUAGAUGAAGUUUUAAACCAGCAGCCAUGUGGGCCAAGUCUCCCAGAUGAGACUGUUGAUGCAGACAGUAGGCCUGUCUAUAAGCAAGUCUCCGAUGACUUAAUGGCCCACGUACAGGAUCCAGUGUAUAAAGAAAAACAUGUCUGUGAUAAAGUUCAUUUCUUUGAAGAUCCAGUUGAUAAAUUGUGUGAGAAGACUUGUGAUCAAAAGAAAAUUGAAGACUUAACAGUUAGCACGGGAGAGCCACAUGGCCCAGCCAAAUCUUGUCAUUCUGCAAGAACCAUACCUGACUCCAAAUCAUUACAGGAUUCCUCAGUAUCUGACUCUACAGUGCCUGUUCUUACAGUAACAGAUUCACAUCCUCAAAUGGUGAUGCCACCAGCUGGAACUGUUGAGACAAGGCCCAUAGCUUCCUCCUCAAACACAAUUGAUCAGUCUUUUUUUGUCAAACCUCCUCCCUGGGCAGCAAAGAACCUAGAUUAGAUCAUAUCAGGUCACACAGGAUUAGCCAGUUUUGCACUGAAUUGAGUCACAUCCCAUCUGUAGAACUAAAUUUUGAAUGUCAUCAUGCUGUCUGGCCGGAGGAGGCUUUCCAUAAACAAACUCAAGCAAAGAGAGAAUCAGUGCAACGAAGAUCACUUGUGAAAAAACAUAAAAGGACAGACCCUGAAUCAGAGUUAAAGAUGACACAACCCAGAGAUUCAUUUUCCAAGAACAUGAAAAGAAAAUCCAUGACUGAGGACAAGAGCAAAAGUUCCUUGGUGUCGGUAAGACAGCGCAAGCUUUUGCUGAGCAGUGAAUGCAGUGUUGCUUUCAAAAGUAAUAAAUAUGGCAAUACAUAAGGUGUGAAUGUAGAAGCUUUUACUAAUGAUGCCCAGAAGCGUCACUGUCUUGCUGUGGCAUGUUUGCAUUAGAGCAGAAGAAGUGAUAUGUCAGUGAAGCACGACUAAUGGAAAUUACAGUGACCCUGUCUUGGUGACCUGAGCUUCUUGUCCUGGUAUGGAGCAUUCUCAUGAGCUACAUAGACAAAGAGCUAAUGGACUUUGUGAUUCCUUUAAAAUGCCUGACCUGACUGAUUCAAGCCCCAGGAAUUUCAAGUGCCUUGAUUAAAACUGAAGUCAGUAUAGUGAUAAUAAGUUGCAUAGUUCUACUUAGAUCUUGCUUUACAGCCUUAAGAAUCUAAACCAACUGAUGUACUUGCCAUAGCUAGAAGCAUGUACUGUUUGGUAUGCACAGACUCCUGCUGUUUUCAUAACAAAUAGAACACAGACACAUACCAUUCCAUUGGCACCCAUAUUUCCUAUGACUAUACCCUGGUGUCACCCAUAUCCAUAAAAGCUGAAAUUAGAAUUCAGUUCAUUGCAAAAUUAAAUGUGAUAACAUAAUAUCAUAUCUGUAGCUAGACAUUGCCUCCUGCCCUUCUCCCAUCUCCUGUUGUCUAAAAUGUCUAAGCAGGGGGCACAAACAAUUGUUAUAACAUUGCACUAUGCUUUUCAAAAUUUGGAAUUAUGUUAAUAUAGCAAUCUGUUUAAAUUACUGUAAUAACAGAAUAAUUUACCUUUUUGGGAGAUGGGGCAGACUUGCAGUAGAACAGACAGUAUUAGCAUUGACUGUGACAAAUACUGUAUACUGGUGGGUUUAGCAUUGUCAUGGGAAGUGCACUGUUUCCAGCGAACACUUACCUAAAUGAGUAAAUGAUGCAUGUUCACCUCCAUGUUACACCAAAUUCUAUUUUUGACUCAAGUUCACUUGUGCCCUUUUAUUUUUGUAAAAUGAUAUUGUGUUGUCAAUGAUGUUCUCUACGCUUAACAUGCUAUACAAAAUACUAUUUAAAAAGUCUGAAUUUUUUUCAGCAUCUUAAUCAGUCAUUACAUAUGUAAUGUGUUUUGAAUUGUAUGGGGUCUGUAAGAUAAAUAUUAUUGGCAUGUAUAAGAUACUGCUGCAAUGACCUAAACACAAACGGGCUACAAGUGAAUUUUUUCAUUGGAGACACUGCUAUCAUGUACAAAUCCAGAGCCUGUCACUGACAAAUGCAUGCUUCAUUUAAGUAUUUCUUUCAUCACCAAAAGAAAUCACAAAUCAUAUUUAUUUAUAUUUUUCCACUUCAUUGUAUCAUUUCUUGCAGGAAUCAACAGCAUCUUCCAGGGCAAAUCUUUCAGAAUCUUCAAAACAAAAAAAUGUUCAUUUAGGACAGACUCAGGUGUUUCCAACCGAGUCA